CGCCAUCACAACCUGACAAGUAACUUUUGGCCUCUUGCUAACAGCUGUCUCACUGAUAACGUAAAAGGGAGCCGUUUUUAUUGAUUUGUGUCCGAACACAUUGUUCGGCUUCGAGAGUCACGAGACGAACGCAAUCGAUUCUGUGGAGCAACAACCAGCCUCUACUAUGUCCAACCAAACGAAUACCCGUGAGAAAGGUGGUUGUUCCAUGAGAGAAGGGGAAAGCACGUCAGGCAAUGGCUAUCAAAAGACGAACGCGAUGUCGCUACUGCCUCAAAUCCGAUCCGAUGAUCUUUCUACCGACUACAGCUACACGCCAGUUGAGAUGGCCUCAUUCUCAAGUAAUAUCAGUGAUCCAGGACGAAAGCCUGUGGAGACAGUAGAAGUCACUAGUCUGCACGCAGAAUCAGGCACGGCAUGGCAACCGCCGCUAACGAGUAAGAUAUAUCGUAUAUGGACAGAUGGCUGGACAAUCGAGGUGCUGUGCUGUGCUAUGGCUGUCAUGACCCUGACCUGUCUCUGUGCCACCCUUCGCUACUUUGAUGGACACAUCAUCACCGCAAUACCUCUCAAGAUCAACAUCAAUACUCUGAUUGCUGUUUUUGGCGCUCUGAUGAAGGCUGCCAUCCUGCUUCCAGUGGCUGAAAGCAUUAGCGAACUGAAGUGGACAUGGUUCGCGAAAAGCAGAAACUUGAUGGAUCUGGAAAGCUUUGAUGUCGCCAGCAGGGGACCAUGGGGUGCUGCCCGGCUUGUUUGGUAUCUGCGUAGUCGUGGCAUUGCCGCGCUCGGAGCUUGGAUAACAGUAAUGGCGUUGGCCAUCGAUCCUUUUACUCAGCAGAUCAUUCGCCCGGUCUUAUGUCACCACAGCGUUCCUAAUGGAAUAGCACAAAUCCCACGCGCAAACAAUCUCACCGGCAUUGCUGCAAAGUUUGGUGCCGGUAUCCCGCUUCAGUUGGUCCCUGAUGUUGCAGCUGCCAUAUAUGGAGGCCUGAUGAACGACUAUUCAAGGCUGGAUAUUCAGUGCUCCACUGGUAACUGCACUUUUCCAAACAGCCCAUCUGGAGGAUCUUUCCAAACUCUUGCCCUAGACGUGUCAUGUGUAGACAUCUCGGCUGAGAUCGUUGAAGCCGAUUCGGAUCCGACAACAAUGUGGUACCUUCGUGGCAUUGGCAAUUCUACCACGGUUGUCGGACAGGGAGCUCUCGUGCGUACGAGCCCCACUUCCAUGGGAUCGCCUUUCAACAAGUAUUGGCCUGCAGAACGCGAUAUUGUCUUGUUCAGUUUUGCGUCCCUGAUUUAUAUAAGGAACGAAGAGUGUGAACAGGCCAUGAGCAACGAAACUUCGUCGACGUGUCCUCAGGCUCCUCUAGCAGUAGAGUGUAGACUAUGGCCCACGAUCAGGACUAUAACCGCAAGUAUUGAUCUAUCAGAGCUUCAAGAACACGUCAUAGACUCUCAACCGUUGGAGUUCGUCCCUUAUUCAUCUUACGGUCGUGCCAGGUCCCCUCUCGACUCCUGGCUGAGCAUUCCUGACAAGGUUCUUCGAGAUGGCGAAUGGGAACCCUGCACUGCGUCUCUGACAUACACUCCGGACACACCCGUACCAAUUUCCAAUCAUACAUUGUGGUUUUCUUCUGUAGAACCAGAGCCAAGUGAUUUGAGAUGGUGGGCGGGUGAUUGCAUAUUCUGGGUGCCUACAGGUAUUGGCAACGCUUUCUCCUCGUUUCUGGAUGAACUGUAUCUUGAUAAGGUUAUGGCAGGUGCUUACGGGCCAUCCGCAACCAUGUCAACAAUGGGCGACGUAUGGAUCAAGAGAUUGUACAACAAUGGCGCAGCGACGGUUGACACUGUCGAAACGAACUUCCGUCAGCUUGCAAAAUCGAUCAAUACAUUCAUGCGCAACAACAAUUCGACGGUAGAUGCAGCGUUUGAAGCGAAAACCAUCUACGCUACGGGGAGUGCAAACAAGACAGAAACGUGCAUACUUGUCCAAUGGGCUUGGCUGUCAUUCUCUGCUAGUUUGGUACUUUUGACCGUGGUAUUUCUAAGCUUGACAGUCUGGAAGACAAGAGGCGCUCACGGGCUUGAGGCUGCCAAAGGUGUUUGGAAAUCAUCCGUUUUAGCAGUACUCUUUAGUGGCUUGAACGAGCAAGCAAGAAGGGACUGCGGAGCACCGGAGAAGAAGAGCGAGAUGAUACGAUGCGCCGAAGGUAUCAAGGUGGCCUUGAAUCCUACCGAGCAUGGUUGGCGGCUUACUCGAGGAUAACAUAGAUGGAUCCCAAUACGUUAUGGGCAACAAUUGUAGUCAAAGCCGC